AUGGAGACCAUUGAAAGGCUCGGGCUGUCCGAGAAAACCUUGAUGUACUUCACCUCUGACCACAUCGAAGAGGGUCCGAAAGGAGGCUGGAAUGGAAUCUAUCGAGGUGGUAAAGCCAUGGGCGGCUGGGAGGGAGGAAUCCGAGUUCCGGGAAUAUUCCGCUGGCCUGGACGUCUCAACCCGAGACGAGAAGUGGCAGAACCAACAAGUCUGAUGGAUGUUUUUCCCACAGUGGUGAAGCUGGCAGGCGGAAUGCUGCCGGAGGACAGGAUCCUGGAUGGCCGUGAUCCGAUGCCUCUGUUGGAGGUCAGAACGAACCGCUCGCAGCACGAGUUCAUGUUCCACUACUGCGGCAUGUACCUGAACGCUGUAUGCUGGCACCCUCCCGACAGUGAGUGA